GCAUGUUCGUGGAUCUGCCGCGAUGUAACCGCGACGGUGCACCGCUUUGAACGCUGUUGCUGCUGCUGCUGCAAGGAAUUGUGGGACGCCAUUCUCUCCUUUUCUCUCGUAAAGGAAGUCCAGUGUAUCCUAUGCUAAAGGAGAUAACAUAGGAAGCACCGAGGCUCCCUUCUUUAACAUUUAGAUCACACGACCAGCUCUUAUCAUGGCUGCCACUGCGAUACUUCAGGGUCAUUUCACUCAUUAAUGAACCUCCCUGAGCGUAAAGGACUAUUCGACCGCAGCCCUUGUGUCCUAAUUGAAACAUCUAUUAGAAAUGUUACUGUUGUUCGUGGCAGUUUCCAGUUUCUUCAUCGGUUCAUUCGCUGGCCAUGAGUAUGAAAGUAAAUGCUAUGGUGAUAGUUUGAGGUUCCCGUUUGAUUAUACGCCUCCCUGUCUUCAGAGGAAAGAUUUACUUCACUCCGAGUAAUGGGGGAUCCAGGAAGCUUUUAAUGGACAAUGGGGAGGCAAAGGACCCACGGCUCAGUGUUUCUCACGCCUCAGUUACUUUGAGAGAUUUGAGAGAAAGAGAUCAAGGAACCUUUUCGGUCUCAGUUGGUGAUAGACUUUACGAUAUCAUCACACUGACAAUUAAUGACUGUGCCAAAGAGUUCGUGCAGAAUUACGCGACAGUGUAUUACGGUUCGAUUCCCAGAAAGGCUGAAUACCUGGAGUUCACUCCCCUUCACAACAGGGACCAGCCACAGAUUCUGUGGAACCGCACAGACCCUCAGGCCAAUAAGGAUGGCAAAGUACAGGUGAGGGGUAAUACCUGGGAGAUGUACAGACUCACUCAGACAGACAACGGCUUCUACGCUUUCAGGAAAAAUGACAACACUCUGCUGAACAGGAUGAAGCUCUCAGUGGAAGCAUAUGAUAGACACUAUGACAAAGAAGCGGGGGAGCGGCUUGUCAUCCUGUAUCCCGCAGAGUUUACCACGUGGACUGUGACUUUUAUACCUGAGGGGGAAACAGAACACCAAACGGUGAUAAGAGGUGGGACCUCAGCAGCUGGGAAUUUUGCUUGGAGGCUGCGGGUCAUGCAUGAAGGCAUAGAAAUUAAUCCUGUGCAAAGUACAGACUCUGGCAGAUUUGAAUUCAGGGACGAGCAAGGCAACCUGGCCAUGACUGCGUUCCUGGAUCUAGAAUCGGACACAUUACCGUUUGUUGUUAAUACUGUUGGGAUUAUCCCAGUGGUGAUUGGUAUCCCUGUGCUGGUUUUCUGUUGCUGUGUGAGAAAGUGCUGUUGUAAGAAGAGUUCUUCAAAGAGGAAUGAGUCUGCCCCUCAGACUGCAGCAACACCUGCUACAUAUUACCAUUCUCAGGAUACCAAUCAACCUGCAGGGACAAGUUAUUCUCCCGCACCAUCCACUUUCUCCUAUCAGCCGAGGAAUCUCCCUGUGUCUACAGGACCUACAACUACCUCCACUGGGCCUUCAGUGCACAACCCAGUGAAUAUCCAUGUGACCUCCCCUCAGCCUCAGGUUGCAGUCUCGGGAGAUCAGGAAGCUGCUCCUGCUCCUUCAAUGGGCUCUGAUAUGUUCUCCUCGGACUAUGAGCCAAAGUUUGAUCUGAAAGGUCUGAGGUUCCCCUCCGCUCCCCCGCUCAGCUCAGACUCAACUUUCUGUGAUGUUUAUACCUCAGAUAAACUCAACUUUCUCUAAGGAGCAUGCUGAACAUUCAAGUGAUGCAGGGUUGAAUUUGAAUGUUUUGUUACUAACUGGAACACAGCCAUUUCAGUGAUAUAUGCACUGUAAAACAAAUCAAAAACUCUAAGCCUGCAAACUAUCACUCACACUAUGUUCACACACAACCAGACUUAUCCUAGUAUUGUAUAGUGUAGUAUUAUAAGUUUCAUGGUAAGGUUUAAUGUAGUUCUUUAACUACAGCCAUGUUUCACUAGUGAACUAUCACAAUCAGGUUAUCUGUAUAAUGUGGAAUAUAAAUGUGUUUGCAUGAAUAUAGAUUAGAUUUAGAAUGUGUAAUAUACAUAUAUGAAUGUUUACUUAAUGCUGUUAAUGUAAUUCUCUUGCUGCCAAAGAUAUCGACAGUAUGAGAGAUGAUGUUACAGUGAGGACUAACAGUGAGUCUGUGUAGCAGAUUUUACAAACUGGAGACUCAAAACUCAUGGAGAUAAGAAUACAAAACCUAGCAAUUCAAGCCACUAUUACAAGCUUGCCUUAUUGUUUUAUACUGUUUUUAUAUGGUUGCUUUUAUCAUGCGCCUUCAGCUGCACAACCUGUCUGUGUGGCUUUUAUCAUUACAUUUUGAGAAAUAUUUUUUAUUUAUCUGUUUUACACUUUGUAAAAAAAUAAAGUCCUAUCUCUGGAAACUGUUACACUGUAUCUUUUAACAUAUUUAUAGAUCUUGUGUAAGCUGGAGUUUUUUUUCUCAUAAGUUUCUCUUGUGCCUUUCUCAUUAGGUAAUGAAAUAAAUGUAAAAUUGUGAUAUAUGUGAUACAAGUGUUUGUCUGCAUUAUAUAUAAAGCCAUCUAUACUGCAA